AUGGUUCAUUUAGGUCCAAAGAAACCACAAGCUAGAAAGGGUUCUAUGGCUGAUGUGCCCAGGGAAUUGAUGGAUGAAAUCCAUCAGUUGGAGGACAUGUUCACUGCGGACUCUGAAACUUUGAGAAAAGUUGUUAAGCAUUUUAUCGACGAAUUGAACAAAGGUUUGACGAAAAAGGGCGGUAAUAUUCCAAUGAUUCCAGGUUGGGUCAUGGAAUUCCCAACUGGUAAAGAAUCCGGUAACUACUUGGCUAUUGACUUGGGUGGUACCAACUUAAGAGUCGUGUUGGUCAAAUUGAGUGGUAAGCACACUUUUGACACCACCCAAUCUAAGUAUAAGUUGCCACAUGACAUGAGAACUACAAAGAACCAGGAAGAACUAUGGUCCUUCAUCGCCGAGUCUUUGAAAGACUUCAUGGUCGAACAAGAAUUGCUAAACACCAAGGAUACCUUGCCAUUGGGUUUCACUUUCUCAUACCCGGCUUCUCAAAACAAGAUUAACGAGGGUAUUUUACAAAGAUGGACUAAGGGUUUCGAUAUUCCAAACGUCGAAGGCCACGAUGUUGUUCCACUGCUACAAAAGGAAAUAUCUAAGAGGAAAUUGCCAAUUGAGAUUGUAGCUUUGAUUAACGAUACCGUCGGUACUUUGGUUGCCUCUUACUACACUGACCCAGAAACCAAGAUGGGUGUGAUUUUCGGUACUGGUGUUAACGGUGCCUUUUACGAUGUUGUUUCCGAUAUCGAAAAAUUGGAAGGUAAGCUAUCAGACGAUAUUCCAAAGGAUUCUCCAAUGGCUAUCAACUGUGAAUACGGUUCCUUCGACAACGAGCACUUGGUCUUGCCAAGAACCAAGUAUGAUGUUGAUGUUGACGAACAGUCUCCAAGACCAGGUCAACAAGCUUUUGAAAAAAUGACUUCCGGUUACUACUUGGGUGAAUUACUACGUCUGGUGUUGAUAGACUUGAAUGAAAAGGGCCUGAUGUUAAAGGGUCAAGAUCUAACCAAGUUGAGGAAGCCAUACAUCAUGGACACUUCCUACCCAGCAAAAAUUGAAGACGAUCCAUUUGAAAACUUGGAGGACACAGAUGACAUUUUCCAAAAGGACUUUGGCAUCAAGACCUCCUUACCAGAACGUAAGUUGAUCAGAAGACUUUGUGAGUUGAUCGGUACCAGAGCUGCCAGAUUAGCCGUCUGUGGUAUUGCUGCCAUUUGCCAAAAGAGAGGCUACAAGACUGGCCACAUUGCCGCCGACGGUUCUGUUUACAACCUGUACCCAGGUUUCAAACAGGCUGCCGCUAAGGGUCUAAGGGACAUCUACGGUUGGACCGGCGAUGCUAGCAGCGAUCCAAUCAAGAUUGUUCCAGCUGAAGAUGGUUCCGGUGCGGGAGCUGCUGUUAUUGCAGCCUUGUCCGAAAGAAGAAUUGCCGAAGGCAAGUCUCUUGGUAUCAUCGGCGCUUAG